AAUAUGAAAAAGCAUAACAUGACUUCGAGCACCCUUUGAUUUUGUUUCAAUAUACGUCUCUCUCUCGGUGAAAACGCGACAACGAUCGAAAUGAGUCGGCCACAAGAGGGAUCGCUGAUAUACAGCUUUGUGGCGCGGGGCACGGUGGUGCUGGCCGAGUACACGCAGUUUGCCGGCAACUUCCCGGACAUCGCCACCGAGUGCCUCCAGCGACUCCCCUCCGGGAGCAGCAGGUUCACCUACACUUGCAACCGGCACACUUUCAAUUUCCUGGUCGCGGACGGCUAUGCUUACUGCGUCGUCGCUACUGAAUCUGCGGGCAAGCAAAUCCCGAUUGCGUUUUUGGAGCGUCUAAAAGAGGAAUUCAAGAAAAGAUAUGGAGGCGGGAAAGCGGAUACCGCUGUCGCCAAAAGUCUCAGUAGGGAGUUCGGGCCUGUAAUGAAGGAGCAGAUGAAGGACACCAUGGACCAUGCCGAGGAGAUUGAUCAGAUGAUGAAAGUGAAGGCUCAAGUUGCACAAGUCAAGAACGUAAUGCUGAAUAACAUCGACCAGGCAAUGGAUAGGGGGGUAAAACUCACAAUUCUAGAGGACAAAGCAGAGAAUCUCCACGAAGAGGCUCAGAAAUUCAAGACACGAGGGGGAGAGAUCCGGCGGAAGAUGUGGUAUCAGAACAUGAAGAUCAAGCUGGCCGUGUUUGGGAUCGUGCUGCUUCUCGUGCUGAUAAUCUGGCUCUCUAUAUGCAAAGGGUUCGAUUGCAGCAACUAGUCACGUUCAUGCACGAACUUGAUUAUGGUCUAGUCACGCGACGUCCAUGAAUCGACAAACUUUCUCAUUCUCUUCUAGUCGGCUCGAGAGUUCUGGCGUCGUCAAAAUUUCACUCCUUGCGUGCUCGCUCGCUCACGCGUACGAGUGCUUGUACCUAGACGGAUAUCCUGAUUGUUGUAAUCUGUUCUUGUUCAUAGGGUAAAUUGAUUUUUCAAAGAGCAUGCUUCUGGAGA